GACCACUUGAAAGUCUGCUCGCAAGGCUACACAUGCUGCUCUCAAGAAAUGGAGGAGAAGUACAGUCAGCAGAGUAAACACGACUUCAGAAACGCUGUGGUAGAGCUUAGCAAUCACCUACAAAACAUGUUUAGUUCCCGAUACAAGAAGUUUGAUGAGUUCUUCAAAGAGCUGCUGGAGAACGCCGAGAAGUCUCUGAACGACAUGUUUGUGCGGACGUACGGCCGGCUGUACAUGCAGAACUCGGAGCUGUUCAAGGACCUCUUCGUGGAGCUGAAGCGCUACUACGUGGGCGGCAACGUCAACCUGGAGGAGAUGCUCAACGAGUUCUGGGCGCGGCUGCUGGAGCGCAUGUUCCGGCUGGUGAACCCCCAGUACCACUUCACGGACGAGUACCUGGAGUGCGUCAGCAAGUACACGGAGCAGCUGAAGCCCUUCGGGGACGUGCCGCGCAAGCUCAAGCUGCAGGUGACGCGCGCCUUCGUGGCCGCCCGCACCUUCGCGCAGGGCCUGGCCGUCGCCAGGGACGUCAUCGGCAAAGUGUCUGCGGUGAACCCCACGCCGCAGGGUACGCGGGCGCUGCUGAAGAUGAUGUACUGCCCACACUGCCGAGGCCUGGUGUCAGUGAAGCCCUGCUACAACUACUGCUUUAAUGUCAUGAGAGGCUGCUUGGCCAACCAAGGGGACUUGGAUGCCGAGUGGAACAUCUUUAUGGAUUCGAUGCUGCUGGUAGCAGAGAGGCUAGAGGGACCUUUCAACAUUGAGUCUGUCAUGGACCCCAUUGAUGUGAAAAUUUCAGAUGCAAUCAUGAAUAUGCAGGAGAACAGCAUGCAGGUGUCUCAGAAGGUUUUCCAGGGAUGUGGCCAGCCAAAAACGCUCGCCCAAGGCCGGGCUGCUCGCUCUGUCUCUGAAGGUGGUUUCAGCGCUCGUUUCAGACCCUACAACCCUGAGGAGCGACCAACAACAGCUGCUGGCACGAGCUUGGACCGACUGGUUACUGAUGUGAAGGAGAAGCUGAAACAAGCCAAAAAAUUUUGGUCAUCUCUCCCUGGCAACAUUUGCAAUGAUGAAAAGAUGUCUGUAGGCACUGUCAAUGAGAAUGAGUGCUGGAAUGGGAGCGCCAAGAGCAGGUAUGACCUUGCAGUGACUGGAAAUGGCUUAGCAAGUCAAGUGAAUAACCCAGAGGUUGAAGUCGACAUUACCAAGCCAGACAUGGUGAUUCGCCGGCAGAUCAUGGCUCUGCGGGUGAUGACCAACAAGCUGAAGAACGCCUACAGUGGGAACGACGUCGACUUCAUUGACAUAAGUGAGGAGAGCAGCGGGGAGGAGAGCGGCAGCGGGUGCGAGCUCCAGCAGUGCUCCCCGGAGUUCGAGUUCAACGCCACCGAGGUCACCGGCAGCUCCAACAAGAGCGACAAGACCGUCAACACUUCUGCUGCCGCCACAAGCCGUCUGUCACAAGCAGCCUUGCUCCUUAGCAUUUUGUUCUUGGCCGUGCAAAGACAAUGGAGAUAA